GACCCCUUGUGGAGAUAAGGCUCUGUCCCGCCAUUGGGUUGUUAAUUACUACUUAUCGUACUCCGGCCGUGGCUAACCUGCGCCGUAACACCACCACCACAGCCAUCUCACCGGCCGCCGGCCGCCGGCCGACCUCCCCGAUGACCACACAAGCAACGUGGACCAGGGAAGAGGACAAGGCGUUCGAGAACGCGCUAGCAGCUGCCGCACCACCGCCGCUGGAAGGCCUGCCGGAGGACGACUGGUUCGUUGCGCUCGCGGCGAGCGUGCCGGCGCGGUCGACGGAGGAGGUGCGGCUACACUACGAGGCGCUGGUAGAGGACGUCGGCGCCAUCGACGCAGGACGCGUCCCGCUGCCGCGCUACGCCGGGGAGGAGUCCGACGGUGCCGGCGCCGCUCCCAAGGAUGACGGUAGCGGGCACCGGCGCGAGGAUCGGAAGAGCUACGAGUCGGGGAAGAACUGCUCCAAGGCGGAGCAGGAGAGGCGCAAGGGCAUCCCAUGGACAGAGGAAGAGCACAGAUUGUUUUUGCUGGGGCUGGACAAGUUUGGCAAGGGUGACUGGCGGAGCAUCUCGCGCAACUUCGUCAUCUCCCGGACGCCCACGCAGGUGGCGAGCCACGCGCAGAAGUACUUCAUCCGCCUCAACUCCAUGAACCGGGACAGGCGCCGCUCCAGCAUCCACGACAUCACGAGCAUCAACGCCGGCGAGGUCGUCCCGCAGCAAGGCCAGGCAACGAAGCACCCUGCAGCCGGAAUGGCCAUGUACGGCGGGGCGCCCAUGGGCCACCCCGUCGCUGGUCACCACAUGGUCCCCGCCGCCGCCGUGGGAACGCCGGUGAUGUUCCCGCCGGGGCACUCGCCCUACGUCAUGCCUGUUGGCUACCCGGCUCCCCAGGCGAAGAUGCAUCAGUAACCUUCCAAUGCCACACUUACUCCACUUGCUUGGUGUUGCUUCUGCUCCGCAGCCCAAGAUGCAUCGCCAAAUGCCACACUUACACGAAGCAGAUCAACCGCCUGAAAUGAACGAUGUAUAGAAGCAUUUCUCCCUUGUUAUUUCUCGAAUCUUCUUGAUUUGUUUUGUUUAGCCGUCCAUCCGUCCAUGAUCCUCUGUGUAACAGAGAUGACUCUGAGUGGAGGGACGAAGGUCCGCGAGUAAGUAAGCAUUUGCUGACUGUUGCAAGCGCCUGAAUGAUCACAGACCAGGGUAAAGGUUCAGGAAGGCGAAUGUAAUUAGCAGCAGCCUCCCCCCGGUGAAUGUAUCCUUUGACCCUUGCAGAGUUCGGACUGGAACUGAUUUCCAUUUGCCGGAUGUAAAUCACACUUUUGGCCUUUCUUCUCA